ACUGGUCUACAUGCUCUCGGCUGGACUUUGUGACUACUUGUAGUUUUAUCACCAACUGGGGAUAAAGAGUGAUUGAAACAAUGCCGGAACCGACCAAAAAAGCUGAUGAAACAGAAGCAGAAAACGCACCUGCAUCAGAACAAAAUAAACCUCAGGAAGGUGAAAAUGUACCGGCAAAAGUAUGGUCUGUCGGAGAUGCUCCACCAGAAGAAGGAGAAAAGCCUGACAAUUCCCAAAAAUCUGUUUUAUUUAUUGAAAAGCCUAAGAGUGGCUCCAUUAGCGUGGGGCAAAACAUUACAUUCGUAGCCAAAGUUGAAGCCCAAGAUCUUCUUCGGAAGCCAACUGUGAAGUGGUUCAAAGGGAAAUGGAUGGACCUGGCGAGCAAAGCAGGGAAGCACCUUCAGCUCAAGGAGACAUUUGAGCGCCAAACCAAGAUUUAUACAUUCGAGAUGCACAUAAUUAAAGCUAAGGAAAACUAUGGAGGAAAUUAUAGGUGUGAAGUUACAUAUAAGGAUAAAGUUGAUAGCUGCUCUUUUGAUCUGGAAGUCCAUGAAACAUCAUCUGCACCAUCAAUUGAUAUCCGAUCGGCGUUCAAAAGAAGCGGUGAAGGACAAGAGGAUGCAGGAGAACUUGACUUUAGUGGUCUCCUGAAACGUAGGGAAGUUAAACAAGAACCAGAAGAACCUGAUAUAGAUGUGUGGGAGCUUCUGAAGAAUGCCAACCCCAAUGACUAUGAGAAAAUUGCAUUCCAGUAUGGAAUCACUGAUCUGAGGGGCAUGCUGAAACGUCUGAAGCGGACUCGCAGAGAAGAAAAGAAGAGUGCAGCUUUUGCUAAGAUUUUGGAUCCUGCGUAUCAAGUGGAUAAGGGAGGUAGAGUAAGGUUUGUCGUGGAGCUGGCUGAUCCAACAGUGGAACUCAAGUGGUAUAAAAAUGGCCAAGAAAUACGACCAAGUGGAAAAUACAUUUUUGAGCACAAAGGUAAUGAAAGAAUCUUAUUUAUCAACAACUGCUCGCUGACCGAUGAUGCUCGUUAUCAUGUGACCGCUGGUGAUGAAAAGUGCUCUACAGAGCUGUUUGUAAGAGAGCCUCCAGUGAUGGUGACAAAAGGUCUGGAAGAUACCAAUGGCUAUAUUGGGGAUAAAGUAGAAUUGUCGGUUGAAGUUUCUGAAGAUGAUGCGAAUGUGAAAUGGUUUAAAAAUGGUGUGGAACUGCCCCUUGAUAGUAAAUCUCGAUACAAAGUGAAGAUUGAAGGUAAAAAACACACCCUGAUCAUCAAUGAAGCAACCAAAGGCGACAAUGCCACUUAUUCAGUGAUGACAACUGGAGGACAAUCAGCUGCAAAGCUAAAAGUUGACUUGAGACCACUGAAGAUAAUGCAUCCAUUGGAAGACCAGACUGUAAGGCUUGGCAAAGAGCUCUCUCUGAAAUGUGAGAUCUCUGAGAAUGUAGAAGGAAAGUGGUACAAAAAUGGACAGCUUCUCCAACCAAGUGACCGCAUCAAGAUAUACCACAAAGGAAGAAUCCACCGGCUAAUUAUUGAUAGUUCACUUGUUGAUGAUGAUGGUGAAUAUAUGUUUGUUCCAGAAGCAUAUAAUGUCAACAUCCCCUGCAAAGUACAUAUUAUAGAUCCUCCUAAAAUCCACCUUGAUGGACUUGGAGACAAUAAUACAGUGACAGUUGUAGCAGGAACCAAAUUGCGACUGGAGAUCCCCAUCUCUGGAGAGCCCACUCCAAAGGUCAUGUGGAGCAGAGGGGACAAGUGGCUCAUGGAUUCUGCAAGCAGAAUACGAGCAGAGAAUUAUCCAGAUAACAGUUGUUUGGUGAUUGAUAGUGCUGAGAGGGAUGACUCGGGCAUAUAUAGAAUAAUGUUAAAGAAUGAAGCUGGAGAAGACACAGCCCAUAUCAAUAUCAAAGUUGUCGAUAUUCCUGACCCUCCAGAGGCACCAAAUGUGGUUGAUGUAGGAGAAGACUGGUGCAUUAUGGUUUGGGAACCACCAGUGUAUGAUGGUGGAUCCCCCAUUUUAGGAUAUUACAUUGAACGGAAGAAGAAACAGAGUUCCAGGUGGAUGAGGCUGAACUUUGACCUUAUUAAAGAAACAACUUUUGAGCCAAAAAAGAUGAUUGAAGGCGUUGCCUACGAGGUCCGAGUGUUUGCAGUCAAUGCCAUAGGCACUUCUAAACCAAGCAUGCCCUCAAAGCCCUUUGUGCCAUUGGCGGUUACCAGUCCACCUACCUGCCUGGCAGUUGAUUCUGUAACUGAUACUACAGUUACCAUGAAAUGGCGACCACCAGACCAAAUUGGAGCUGCAGGUUUAGAUGGCUAUGUUAUAGAGUAUUGCUUCGAGGGAAGUUCCCAGGCGCCCACCACAGAGGGUGAGGGAAACACUUGUACACAGGAAAUUAAUAGUGUGGAGGCAGACGGGGGCCUGGCGCAGACUGAAGACAAGACCGCUAAACCAGCCUCGGAAGAAUGGAUCGUGGCCAACCCAGAUCUAACUGACAAAACAAAAUUCACCAUCACUGGUCUGCCAACUGGAGCCAAAAUCUUUGUCCGUGUAAAGGCAGUGAAUGCAGCAGGUGCCAGUGACCCUAGGCUCCACCCACAACCCAUUUUAGUCAAGGAAGUUAUCGAGCCUCCAAAGAUUCGCCUGCCAAGACACUUAAAGCAAACCUAUGUUCGACGGGUUGGAGAAGCUGUGAAUCUUGUAAUUCCCUUCCAGGGGAGACCAAGACCAAAAGUAUCAUGGAAGAAAAAUGGGGCCCAUGUAGACAAGAACCAAAUUAACAUCCGCAACAGUGAAAAUGAUACUAUCAUCUUCAUCCGAAAGGCAGAGAGGAUCCACUCUGGGAAAUACGACAUGAAAGUCAAAGUAGACAAUUUGGUGGACAAAGCCACAAUAGAUAUCCAAAUAGUUGAUCGUCCGGGUCCACCCCAAGUUGUAAAAAUUGCAGAUGUCUGGGGAGAAAAUGCUGCAUUGGAAUGGACACCACCGAAGGAUGAUGGCAAUGCAAACAUUACUGGUUACACAAUUCAAAAAGCUGACAAAAAGAGUAUGGAAUGGUUCACUGUGAUCGAACACUAUCAUCGAACUAGUGCUACCAUUACAGAACUCGUCAUCGGCAAUGAGUAUUACUUCCGGAUCUUCUCUGAAAAUAUGUGCGGUCUCAGCCAGGAUGCGACAAUGACCAACGAAAGUGCUGUGAUUGCAAAGGAUGGUAAAGUCUACAAAAAUCCAGUUUAUGAGGAAUUCAAUUUCACUGAGCCACCAAUGUUUACUCAGCCUUUAAUUAACACAUAUGCUGUGUCUGGUUACAACGCGACUUUGAACUGCAGCGUCCGAGGAAACCCCAAGCCAAAGAUCACAUGGAUGAAGAACAAAAUAAUCAUAACGAAUGACCCCCGAUACAGAAUGUUUGGUAACCAGGGUGUGUGCACCUUGGAGAUCCGCAAGCCUAGUCCCUAUGAUGGUGGCACAUACACUUGCAAGGCUGUUAACUCGCUAGGAGAAGCAGAAGUGGAGUGCAAAUUGGAAGUGAAAGUGAUAUAUCAUGGAGUAAUUUCCCCAGGACAACCAAUCUUCUUGGCGGGGCAGAAACAGUUGCACAGUAAGGAUUUUUGAAUGUAUAAUGUCAUCUAAGGUGGGGUCUCAUUCUUCCGACUACUAAUGCAAGGAGUGCCCCCACAUAUCAUUGAUGCCUACAUGCAAGAAGUGCAAGCAGGCAACCCUGAGAAGUAGAGUCUGGCCACAGUGUGUCUCCACCACUGCCCUGGAUUAUGGGCAGCCAGUGCUGCAGCGGUUUAGCUCUUACCACUGCACUCCUACAGCAUGGUCCGAUUUAUUGCCCUUCCCCUCUUCCUGCUGCUGGAAAGAAAAAAAAUCACGCAUGGAUUGUUUUUUGGGGUUAAAAUAAGUUGAAGCUUAUCCACUUUUUUGUAAUGUUCCACAUUGUUGUGUGCGUGUUUCUGUUUUUUUAAAAAUUUUAAUGCCGAAAAAAAGAAAGAAAAAAAGCUAAGCAAUACGCAUGGGAGCUUUUACUCUGUACGCUGUAUGGCUACAUAUAUUUGUUUUGUCAGAGUGCGGGGCAGAGUACUGCUCAACCCAGAGGCAAUGCAGACAAACCUUGAAAUUCUUACCUCUUUUGAUAAAUAAUGGAUUUAACACUCGUAAUAGGCUGCUACAAAGGGACAAUUUAACACAGAUUUGCAGCAUUUAACAGAUACUCAGCUGAGCACCUCUUCCAUUAGAAAUGUUCAUAGGUCCUGUUGCUCAUUGGUGAAUCCCCUUUCUCUCAGCUACUAUUAAAAAGUUUUCUGUAAUGUACAAUAAAGCUGAAGUGAUUAAGACCGACA